AUGGCAUCGGUCAAAGUGGCCGUGAGGGUCCGGCCCCUGAAUCGCAGGGAAAAGGACUUGGAAGCCAAAUUCAUUAUACAAAUGGAGAAAAGCAAAACAACAAUCACAAACUUAAAGAUACCUGAAGGAGGGUCUGGGGACUCAGGGAGAGAACGGACCAAGACCUUCACUUAUGACUUUUCUUUUUAUUCUGCUGAUACAAAAAGUCCAGAUUAUGUUUCACAAGAAAUGGUUUUCAAAACCCUCGGCACAGAUGUUGUGAAGUCUGCAUUUGAAGGUUAUAAUGCUUGUGUCUUUGCAUAUGGACAGACUGGAUCGGGAAAGUCAUACACGAUGAUGGGAAACUCUGGUGAUUCUGGCUUAAUACCUCGGAUAUGUGAAGGGCUCUUCAGUCGGAUAAGUGAAACCACCAGAUGGGAUGAAGCCUCUUUUCGAACUGAAGUCAGCUACUUAGAGAUUUAUAAUGAACGUGUGCGAGAUCUACUUAGGCGGAAGUCAUCCAAAACCUUCAAUUUAAGAGUCCGGGAGCAUCCAAAAGAAGGACCUUAUGUUGAGGAUUUAUCUAAACAUUUAGUACAGAAUUAUGGUGAUGUAGAAGAACUUAUGGAUGCAGGAAAUAUCAAUCGUACCACUGCAGCGACUGGGAUGAAUGAUGUCAGUAGCAGGUCUCAUGCCAUCUUCACCAUCAAGUUCACUCAGGCAAAAUUUGAUUCUGAAAUGCCAUGUGAAACCGUGAGUAAGAUCCACUUGGUCGAUCUCGCUGGAAGUGAGCGCGCCGAUGCCACUGGUGCCACGGGGGUCAGACUGAAGGAAGGGGGGAACAUUAACAAGUCCCUCGUGACUCUGGGCAAUGUCAUCUCUGCCUUAGCUGAUUUAUCUCAGGAUGCAGCCAACCCUUCUGUAAAGAAGAAGCAAGUUUUUGUGCCUUACAGGGAUUCUGUUUUGACAUGGCUGUUAAAAGAUAGCCUUGGAGGAAAUUCUAAAACUAUCAUGAUUGCCACCAUUUCACCUGCUGAUGUCAAUUAUGGAGAAACCCUAAGUACUCUUCGCUAUGCAAAUAGAGCCAAAAAUAUCAUCAACAAGCCUACCAUUAACGAGGAUGCCAACGUCAAACUCAUCCGUGAGCUGCGAGCUGAAAUAGCCAGACUGAAAACGCUGCUUGCUCAAGGAAAUCAGAUUGCCCUUUUAGACUCUCCCACAGCCUUAAGUAUGGAGGAAAAGCUUCAGCAGAAUGAAGCAAGAGUUCAAGAAUUGACCAAGGAAUGGACAAAUAAGUGGAAUGAAACCCAAAAUAUUUUGAAAGAACAAACAUUAGCUCUUAGAAAAGAAGGUAUUGGAGUUGUUUUGGAUUCUGAAUUGCCCCAUUUGAUUGGCAUUGAUGAUGACCUUCUGAGUACUGGAAUUAUCUUAUAUCACUUGAAGGAAGGUCAGACAUAUGUUGGUAGAGAAGAUGCUUCAACAGAACAAGAUAUUGUUCUUCACGGUCUGGAUUUGGAGAGUGAGCACUGUAUCUUUGAAAAUGCCGGGGGGACAGUGACGCUGAUACCCCUAAGUGGGUCUCAGUGCUCUGUGAAUGGUGUGCAGAUCAUGGAGGCCACACACCUAAAUCAAGGUGCCGUGAUACUCUUGGGAAGAACCAAUAUGUUUCGCUUUAACCAUCCAAAGGAGGCUGCCAAACUCAGGGAGAAGAGGAAGAGUGGCCUUCUGUCCUCCUUCAGCUUGUCCAUGACCGACCUCUCGAAGUCCUGCGAGAACCUCUCUGCAGUCAUGUUAUACAACCCAGGACUUGAAUUUGAGCGGCAACAGCGUGAAGAACUUGAAAAAUUAGAAAGCAAAAGGAAACUCAUAGAGGAAAUGGAGGAGAAGCAGAAAUCUGACAAGGCCGCGCUGGAGCGCAUGCAGCAGGAGGUGGAAAGCCAGCGCAAGGAGACGGAAAUCGUCCAGCGCCAGAUCCGCAAGCAGGAGGAGAGCCUCAAGCGCCGCAGCUUCCACAUCGAGAGCCGGCUCAAGGACCUGCUCGCCGAGAAGGAGAGGUUCGAGGAGGAAAGGCUGCGGGAGCAGCAGGAGAUGGAGCUGCAGAAGAAGAAGCAGGAAGAAGAGCGCUUACUCCGGGUCAGAGAGGAGCUCCAGCGGCUGCAGGAGCUCAACCACAGCGACAAGGCCGAGAAGACGCAGAUAUUUGAAGAACUGGACCGGCUCAAAAGGGAAAAGGACGAGCAGUGCGCCAAGCUGGAACUGGAAAAGAAGAGGCUGGAGGAACAAGAAAAGGAGCAGGUCAUGCUUGUGGCCCAUCUGGAGGAGCAGCUAAGGGAGAAGCAGGAGAUGAUCCGGCUCCUGCGGCGCGGGGAGGUGCAGCGGGUGGAGGAGGAGCGCAGAGACCUGGAGGGCAUCAGGGCCUCCCUGCUGCGGGUGAAGGAAGCCCGCACUGAGGGCGACGAGGACAGCGAGGAGCUGGAAAGGGCUCAGCUGCAUUUCUUAGAGUUCAAGAGAAGGCAGCUGGUCAAGCUAGCCAACCUGGAGAAGGACCUGGUGCAGCAGAAGGACCUCCUGAAAAAAGAAGUUGAAGAAGAACAGGAAAUCCUGGAACGGUUAAAAUCGGAAAAUGAGGACGACUCUAGGUUGUUGGGAAAAAAUGAUGAUGAUGGCGUCACAUAUGUCCCCCAGGUGACUCAAGAUUUAGAGAAAAUAAAGCCGGCAGAGUGUAGGCUGCAGCACAAAGAGCGCCAGCUCCAGUACCUCCUGCAGAAUCAUCUGCCCACUCUGUUGGAGGAAAAGCAGAGAGCCUUUGAAAUCCUUGAUACCUGCCCUCUGGACUUAGACAACACUCUUUACCAAGUAGAAAAAGAAAUGGAAGAAAAAGAAGAGCAGCUUGCCCAGUACCAAGCCAACGCGAGCCAGCUGCAGAAGCUCCAAGCCACCUUUGAAUUCACGGCCAAUGUUGCUCGGCAGGAAGAAAAAGUGCGGAAAAAGGAAAAAGAGAUUCUGGAAUCACGGGAGAAGCAGCAGCGGGAGGCGCUGGAGCGCGCAGUGGCCAGGCUGGAGAGGAGGCACUGGGCCCUGCAGCGGCGCUCCACCCUGGGCCUGGAGAUCGAAGAGCAGAGGCAGAAGCUGGUCAUCCUCAACAGCAGCAGCAGCAGCAGCGAGCAGUCAGGGCUGCAGGCCAGCCUGGAAGCCGAGCAGGAGGCCCUGGACAAGGACCGGGAGAGGUUAGAACAUGAAAUCCAGCAGUUGAAGCAGAAGAUCUGUGAAGUCGAUGGUGUUCAGAAAGGGCAUUUUGGUACCUUGGAGGGAAAGGCUGCUUCUUCCAGCUUGCCAUCCAAUUCUGAAAAAUCUCACCUGGUUCCUCUGAUGGACGCCAGGGUCAGUGCUUACAUUGAAGAGGAAGUCCAAAGGCGUCUUCAGGAUUUGCAUCGUGUGAUUUGCAAUGACAGCAGUGUUUCUGCAGACAUGACGAAGAAUAAUGAGAAAUUUCACAAUGGUACCAUUCAACGUAAGCUAAAAUAUGAGCGGAUGGUUUCUCGCUCUUUGGGAGCAACUCCAGAUGACCUGAAGGACCCAAUUAAAAUCAGCAUCCCUCGCUAUGUUCUCUGCGGUCAAGGCAAGGAUGAGCACUUCGAGUUUGAGGUCAAGAUUACUGUCCUUGAUGAGACAUGGACUGUAUUCAGACGUUAUAGUCGUUUCCGAGAAAUGCAUAAAACAUUGAAGUUAAAGUAUGCAGAGCUUGCUACCCUUGAAUUCCCUCCAAAGAAACUAUUUGGAAACAAGGAUGAACGUGUGAUUGCUGAGAGGCGGAGUCACUUAGAGAAAUACCUCAGGGACUUUUUCAGCGUGAUGCUCCAAUCAGCCACGUCCCCCCUACACAUCAACAAAGUUGGGCUGAUGCUCUCGAAGCACACCAUUUGUGAGUUCUCUCCAUUCUUCAAGAAAGGGGUCUUUGACUACAGCAGCCAUGGAACUGGGUAG